UUCAUCAUCAGCUUCAUGUAUUUUCUUAGAUCAGAAGCUUCAGGGAAUUGCUUGUACAGUUCCGUGUCUUUGUCUCUGCUUGGUGAUGAUGGUGCAUUUUGUUUGUCAUGCGUGCUUUUUGGUCAUCGCUUCCCUGGUUUGCCUUUGCGUGGCCACCGUGAUGAUGCUAAAUAUCAUCCAGAGGUUGGUCAGUAUUCUACCGGGGGUGUUGGAAAUUUUGUGGAGACACUAAAUUUUAAAGUUCGUUCAGGGGAUGGUGUUUUAAGGGAUCACUUAACAUCUUGUGGGAAAAAUAGAAGUUACAUCUCUAAGACCAGCCAGAAUAAAAUGAUCAAGUGCUUUGGAGAGGUUAUUACUGAACAGAUUGUCAACGACAUUAAGGUUAAUAGGUUCUUUUCUAUUAUAGCUGAUGAGGCUGCAGAUUCUUCCCAUAGAGAGCAAAUGGCUCUAAUUUUACGUUUUAUUGAUAAGAAUAUGGACAUAAGAGAGGAGUUCAUUGCCUUUCUUCAAUGUAAGUGGGGAUUGAGUGGAGAGAACCUUGCUAAAUUAAUUCUAGAUAAACUUAAAGACCUUGGCUUGCCAAUUGAAGACUGUCGCGGACAAGGUUAUGAUGGUGCGGGUGCUGUUGCAGGUUGUGUUAAAGGUUUGGCUGCCCAAAUUUUGAAGCUCAACUCGAAAGCAUUAUAUACCCACUGUUAUAGUCAUAGGCUUAAUUUGUCAGUUUGUGAUUCUUUGUCAGAUAUUGAGGUUAAGAAAGUACUUAACAAAAUAAAAGAUGUGACAAAUUUUAUCAAUAUUUCUCAAACACGCAAUAUACCGUUUGAGGAGACUGUACGCAAUAGUUUAGAAACGGACUCAAAAAAGACUAGAUUGCCAGAUGUUUGUAGAACCAGAUGGGUAGAACGAGUUAAAGGUUUAGACACUUUCGAAGAAUUGUUUGUUCAAAUUUUGACACACUGGAUAACAUGGCAAAAGAAAUGUUUUGAUCUAACGCUUCCUGUUACUCAGCUUUUGCAAGGAAAGAGUAUUGAUGUUAUGGACGGGAUUGAGUUGAUCUCUUCUUUGAAAAGCAGUGUUGCACAUGUGAGUAAUUCUAUUGAUUCAUAUCAUGAUCAAUGGUACGACAUUGCUUUGACGUUAGCGGCAAAGGUUAGGGUAGAAGAAUGUAAACGUAGGACAAUUGGAAGGCAAACUACAAGGCCUAACGCUCCUUAUCGUUCUAUCUCGGAGUAUUACAAACGAAUCUAUACGAUUCCUUUAAUUGACCAUCUUCUCUCGUCUUUGGAUGCGCGAUUUGACACGGAAAGUGUAAAUGUUUAUCAAGGACUAAGUAUUGUUCCAACAAAAAUGUUUUCUCUUAUAAAAAAUGGGAUUGACUGGAGACAUAAAUUUAAGAUUGUUUCAAAAUUUUAUGUUGCUGAUUUACCCAAUCAGUUAGGUUUAGAUGCAGAGUUAUUAUUAUGGCAAUCCUUCUGGGAACAUCGUAAAGGUCCUUAUCCAUGUAAUGUAGCUACAACUUUAAAAGCUAUAAAUUUUGAUGGUUUUCAAAACAUAAAGGUCAUACUUCAAAUAUUAGGAACCCUUCCCAUAACUUCAUGCGAAUGUGAACGUUCGAUUUCAGCGCUGCGAAUUCUUAAAGAUUAUAAGCGGAGUACUAUGGUUGAGGAACGGUUAAAUGGUCUUGCUCCAAUGAAAAUUCAUCAGGAAAUUCUUCCAGAUGUGUAA